AUGCAAGUCGCAGAGAUCCUCUCAGACAUAACCUCCCUACGAGUGUGUGACCACACCGACGCCCUCACCCUCGUCACCGUAAACGAGCGACUCCCUGCGCGCGCACCCUCACAAGAAACACAAUCCCAAACACAGUCGCAAUCGCAAGCACAAUCCCACCGCGACAGUAACGAAGACCUCCGACGCGCAAAGGAACUGGUGGAUUUACAUCACGAGCUCAAGACGAGACAUGCGAAUGGGACUGUGGAUGAGGAGUUGGCGAGGGCGAGGGAGAGUGUGAGAAAGGUUUUGAAGGAGCUAACAAAAAUGGCAAGCGUGGAUGUGAAGAUGCUCCGGCAGACCAAAUUCCCCCCGGAAUUCAGCCGGAAGGUGGAUAUGACCAAGGUGAAUAUCGAGGUUAUGAAGAAAUGGAUCGCCGGGAAGAUCUCUGAGAUUCUUGGGAACGAGGAUGAUGUGGUGAUUGAGCUUUGCUUUAAUCUUCUCGAGGGAUCCCGUUAUCCAGAUGUCAAAUCGCUGCAGAUUCAACUCACGGGGUUUCUGGAUAAAGAUACGGGCAAGUUCUGCAAGGAGCUGUGGUCGCUAUGUCUGAGUGCCCAGGAGAAUCCCCAAGGCGUUCCCAAGGAGCUUCUGGAGGCGAAGAAGCUUGAGCUUAUACAAGAGAAGAUCGAAGCCGAAAAAGCAGCCGAAGAGUCCCAACGCCAGAAAGAGCAAGAGCGCACACGUGAACGCGAACUACAAGAUCUUCGACAGAGGGAACGAUUUGAUCGCGGUCGAGGGAGGGGACGAGGCGGUGGUCGCGGAGGCAGGGACUUUGAUAGACGCCCGUUCAGAGACAACAGAUCACCACCCCGGCGACGCAGCCCAGGCCGUUUCCGUGAACCUCCGCCUAGGCGAGAGUUUGAUUCCUACGUUCCAUCUGGCCCCCGGAGAGGGCACCAUGAUCGCAAGAGACGCCGUUCUCUCCAAAGAUAUACCCCCGCCGCACGAAGACGGCGAAACUCGUCAUCUGUAUCCGUCCCCACUGAAAAGCGCCAGAGGUUGACUGAUGAAGACGAGGGACCACCACCACCACCACCCGCAGACCGAUCGAGCUCGGCUAACAAAGAGAUGAAGGAUGCCGAUGAGCCGAAAGGUACGCGCAUAUCCAGCACGGAACUUCGCGAGAAGCUCCUACGCGAGCGAAUACGAGCGAUGCGACGUCGUGAGUGA